AUUUCUGCCUGGCACGUGGAGGGGCAGGAUUUCACAGAGAGAGAGAGAGAGAGAGAGAGAGAGAGAGAAGGCUUCUUUUCAUAGGGGUGGAAGAUCUCCAGAGUCUUAUGAGUUUGAGGAAUGCAUGAGCUGUGCUGGAGAGUGACAGGAGCAGUCAGCCAGCAUUGAGUCACAGCGUUCAACUCAAGCAAAGACACUUUUCUUCACACCAGAGGCAAACAGCUGCGAGAUAUUCUGAUGAGAGCAAACUCAACCGGCAGUCCAGUCAGUCAGCAGAUGCAUGAAGUCUCUCCGGGUGGAUUGUAAGGAGUGAGUGUAAGAGACGUUGAGGAGCGUGCGGAUGACACCGGAGUGUGUGAGGAUGGCACGGUGUGUGUGGACCUUCUUGGUCAUGCUCUGCAUGACACCACAGAUCACAUAUGCAUCUCAGUCAACAAAGACCGUGUAUCCAAGAUUACGACUGUCUCAUAAAGAGCUAUGGGAUUUGAACAGAACGUGGGUGUUUCAGACUGGUGAAGGACAUCUGCAGCACUACAGUGUGUUACUGGAUGAGACUCGGGAAAGACUGAUCAUCGGAGGAAAAGAUGUCCUCUAUUCCCUCGACCUGGAGCGCAUCGCUGCCCCUCACAAAGAGAUUCGCUGGGCCAGCUCUGAAGAGCAGGUGGGGAAUUGUUUAAUGCAAGGCAGAGAGAAGCCGGAGUGUGCUAACUACAUUAAACUGGUGCAGCAGUAUAACAGCACCCACCUGUUAGCGUGUGGAACUGGAGCGUUUAACCCCGUGUGUGCUUAUAUCAGAGUGGGAUAUGGAAGUGAGAAGGAACGAGAGUUCAGCUUGGAGUCUGACCACAUCAAGAGCGGCAGGGGAAGAUGCCCAUUCCAUCCCAGCAGCCCUUCAGCAUCCACCGUGUACCGUGGCGAGCUGUUUGUCGGUCUGUACACGGAUUAUUGGGAGAAUGAUGCAGCUGUGUAUCGUCUGGCCAAUCACAGCUUCAUCAGGACCGAAGUGGGUGACAGACAACAGCUGAAUGAGCCCAAGUUUGUGGGAUCGGCAGUGAUCCCUGACAACGACGAUCCUGCUGACGAUAAAGUCUACUUUUUCUUCACGGAGCGAGUGGCCAACAUGGAUGGCGGAAACAAGGCCGUCUACACUAGAGUGGGCAGAGUCUGCGCGAAUGAUCAGGGUGGUCAGAGGAUGCUGGUGAACAGGUGGAGCUCAUUCCUAAAGACUCGUCUCAUCUGCUCUGUGGCUGGUCCUAAUGGAAUUGACACACAUUUUGAUGAGCUUGAGGAUGUGUUUGUUCUUCGAAAGAAAGAUGAGAGAAACCCAGAGGUCUUUGGUCUGUUCAGCACAACCAGUGCUGUAUUCAAAGGUUACGCCGUGUGCAUGUACAACAUGGAAGACAUUCGCGCGGCAUUUAACGGACCCUUUGCCCACCGGGAAAAACCCGACCACCACUGGAGUGUAUACGAGGGUCGAGUCCCUUUCCCUCGGCCCGGUUCUUGUGCCAGUAAGAUAAACGGAGGUCAGUUCUCCAGUUCUAAGGAGUACCCGGACGAGGCUCUUCGGUUUGCCCGUUCACAUCCACUCAUGUUCCAGGCGGUACAGCCUGUUCACAGACGGCCCAUUCUUCUGGACACGGAGGGAGGACGCAGACUCACACAGCUGGUGGUCGACAGGGUGGAAGCCGAAGAUGGACACUACAAUGUUCUCUUCAUAGGGACCGAUAAUUCACUUGUUUUAAAAGUUAUCACAAUCUACAACAAAGAAGCUAACACGGUUGAAGAAGUCCUUCUGGAGGAAUUGCAGGUUUUCAAGGUUCCUGUUCCUAUCACCGAGAUGAUCAUAUCUACCAAAAGACAACAGCUGUACGUGGGCUCUGAGCUGGGUGUGACACAGAUACACGUGCAUCAGUGUGGGCUGUACGGUUCGGCCUGUGCCGACUGCUGUCUGGCCAGAGACCCCUACUGUGCCUGGGAAGGAUUUACAUGUUCACGGUACUACCCUGCAGGUCACUUUACCAAAAGACGCUUCAGACGACAAGACGUUCGCCAUGGCAACGCGAUUCAGCAGUGCAAUGGACUUCAGCUUAACGAAGAGCAAAGGAUCUCAGAAAAGCUGGUGUAUGGUGUGGAGAAUAAUAGUACCUUACUAGAAUGCAGACCACGAUCACUGCAGACGUCUGUCACAUGGUACAUUCAACGUGGAUUGGAUAUGGAGGAGGUGAAAAGUGAUGAACGUUUAAUUCAGACGCCCCAUGGCCUGUUGCUUCUUAGAGUCUCUAAAGGAGACGCAGGCGUCUACGUGUGUCAAUCCACAGAGCACGGCUUUGUACAGACGGUGGUACACGUCACUUUAGAGGUGCUGGAUGAGGACAAGGUGGAAGGUAUUUUGCAUAAAGGAGAGACCGAGGAAGGUGAUUCCCAGCACAGAACUUCACCCUGCCCCUUUCCCCUCCUGCCCUCCACCUCUUCUAAACUCUGGUAUAAAGAUGUCAUGCAGCUCAUCGGCUACAGCAACUUCCAACGUGUGGAGCAAUAUUGUGAGAAGGUAUGGUGUGUGUCGGACAGGAAGAGGAAGAAACUUAAGGGAACGGCACCCAAAUGGCGAUACGCACCAGGGGCGGAGCAGCGGGGGCGAGCGAGAUCCCCCCGACACACGCGGGGACAAUAAAAAUCGUUGGACGAGAAAAAAGAAACCCUUUAGUGAUGCUAUACAGACACAAUGUUUAUUGAUAUUAUGAAAAAAUAAAUGACUAAUGAAGUCAUUAUUACAUUACAGUCUUAUUAUUGCAUCGUGAGAAAUAUUUAAGUGUGCGAAAAAUGCGGUCACGCAAAAACUGCGCAAGGAACAUAUUUGACCGGAAGUGAAUAUAGCAUGAAGUCCAACGUGAUGUUAUCGUAAUAGUUUUUUAUUUCAAAUGUUGUACACCAAAAACAAGUUUUGACAAAUACGUUUGAGCUGUUCUAUUGUACAUGAGGUGGCCGCCAUUUUGGGGUCAUGUAUUUACAGAUUUAACAAAUUUACCUCAAACUGCAAUAUUUAAAAGUUUAGAGAACAUCUGUCUAUCACAAUCACAUAGCCUUAAGUUUCCUUUAAUGGAAAAUAUGUAUAGAUUGAAUAUUUGUUUGGUUGGUCUUGCGGAAUAUUAAAGUGACAGAAACUGAUAUAAAAGUUGCUUACGCAAGCGCUACCUGCCCGGCUGGGCUUUUAAAACACAAGGAAUUGAAAGAGGACCCUCUCCGGGAUCUGACAAAUGAAAUUUCCGCAUGGACUCUACGAACAAUGACAAAUGGCUGAGACCGGCUGUCCUUUUGUCAACGAUGUGAGAUUUCCUAUGAAGAUUUCACAGAAUGUCUUUUCUUCUGUCGACAGUCUGAAUUCAAGCGUUCCAAACAACCAAGACAAGCAUGAGUCACUGUUUCUUAGCUUCAAAAGCCCUUCGCAAUGAGAGGCAACCUUGCGCACAUACCGAUUGUCUGUAUUUUCAUUAUUUGAUAUAAAUUAUUCUAGUUGGUGUUUUAAGAUUUGUUAGUGUUUGUAGUGGUCUUAGAAACUCUUUGUUUCGUCUGGACACAUAUUACUGCAUUUUAAUUGUAUCUAUAGGUUAUUUAUCAAAAUGUUACAUUUCUAGUGAUUAGACCGUCAUUAAAGAAAAACAAAUUCUGUUGUAGUAAUAUUUUGUGACAUGCAAAAAUUAUAGUUGCUGUGAUAUGAUGUUAAAAAUGUUAAUAAACAACAACAAUUC